AUCUGAAACCUCCAAAUUCUUUUGAAGAAGCCAAACUUCUUAUAACAUAUUCUCCCCAUCCCCUCUCUUUGUGAAGUCUUCUUGGGUUGGUUGAGUGAAGAUGGGCAUGGUGGUAGUGAUCUCUCUGCCUCUAAUUAUCUUCUGCAUAUUACUUGGUGUUGGGUGUUACUUCUGGGGAAGAGCUAAAGGGAGACAAGAUAUCCGCACCAACCCUCAGAUUUAUGGGGUACCAGCUCCGCCGCCCGGUGCAACAACCUCUUUCCCAUCUCCUCCACACACCAAGCCUGACAACUUGGCCAAUGUUUGAUAGGGGCAUCUCAGAAUUGAAGUUACAACAAGAAUAGAUUUUAUAUCUGGGUUCCUUUAAAAAACAAUUUUUGGGUUGUGUGUUUUUGUUGCUUAUACCUGUGUGAAAUUGAGAUAUGUUGUGUUGGGUGUACAUUGGUUGAAUCAUGAAUCAAUAAAGAUGUAUAGCAGCAAUAAAUCUAUUUUCUGAUGCAUAAUUUGGUUUUAA